CAACCCUGAUUUUACUAGAAAACACCUUGAUAUUAAACGCAAAAUGAUCGCAGGCGUGAAAAGGGAGAGGGAUGUUGAUGAAGACGAAGAGGAAGAGGUGCGUGUGAAAAUUGGUCGUUCUCAUGGUGUUGAAGAUAGAAGAAGCCGCCAUUGUCCUUAUCUGGACACGAUCAACAGGAGUGUUUUGGAUUUCGACUUUGAGAAGCUUUGUUCAAUCUCGCUCUCACACAUUAAUGCAUAUGCCUGUCUGAUCUGUGGGAAAUAUUUCCAAGGUCGAGGUCAGAAGUCACACGCGUACAUCCACAGUGUUCAGUUCUCACACCAUGUUUUCCUGAAUCUCCACACGUUAAAGUUUUACUGCCUGCCAGACAAUUAUGAGAUUAUUGACUCCUCAUUAGAGGACAUUACGUAUGUGCUGAAACCCACAUUCACCAAACAGCACAUCGCUGGUUUGGAUAAGCAUGGAAAGCUGUACAGAGCCUACGAUGGCACUACCUAUCUGCCAGGAAUUGUGGGUCUCAAUAAUAUCAAGGCCAAUGACUAUGCUAAUGUGGUUUUGCAGGCGCUGUCAAACGUGCCGCCUCUACGGAACUACUUCCUCGAGGAGGACAACUAUUGCAGAAUCCGCCGGCCGCCGGGUGACAUCAUGUUUCUGUUGGUGCAGCGCUUUGGGGAGCUCAUGCGCAAGCUCUGGAACCCGCGCAACUUCAAAGCCCACGUGUCGCCACAUGAGAUGUUGCAAGCUGUGGUGUUAUGCAGUAAAAAGACCUUUCAGAUCACUACACAAGGGGACGCUGUUGACUUUCUGUCCUGGUUUCUCAAUGCACUGCAUGGUGCUCUUGGUGGGACAAAGAAGAAAACAUCCAUCGUCACCAAGGUGUUUCAGGGGUCCAUGCGAAUCUUCUCCAAGAAGCUUCCUCAUCCAGAUUUGCCCGCAGAAGAGAAAGAAGCCCUUCUGCUUAAGGACGAGUACCAGGAGAAGAUGUCUGAGUCCACCUUCCUGUACCUGACGCUGGAUCUGCCCACCGCACCUCUCUACAAAGAUGAGAAGGAGCAGCUCAUCAUUCCUCAGGUUCCUCUCUUCAACAUCAUGGCCAAGUUCAAUGGAAGCAAUGAGAAGGAAUACAAGACUUACAAAGAGAACUUUCUGAAAAGGUUCCAGCUCACCAAACUUCCUCCGUACCUCAUCUUCUGCAUCAAGCGAUUCACAAAGAACAACUUCUUUGUGGAGAAGAACCCAACUAUUGUCAACUUCCCUAUCACGAAUGUUGAUUUGCGCGAGUACCUGACCGAAGAGGCACAGGCCACAGAGAAGAUCACCACCUACGACCUGGUGGCCAAUGUAGUUCACGAUGGUAAGCCCACCGAAGGGUCCUACAGGAUUCACGUUCUGCAUCAUGGUACAGGGAAGUGGUACGAGCUUCAGGACCUGCAGGUGAUUGAUAUCCUUCCACAGAUGAUCACGCUUUCAGAGGCGUACAUACAGAUUUGGAAGAGACAAGAUAAAGACGAGGGAGCAGAAAGCCAUACAGGGGCAUAGGAAGCCCAAAAACACAGCAAUGGUGAGGUGUAAAUGAAAUGAGUCAUUUCCGUUCAGGCCUGAAUGCACACCGAGGCUUUAAGAAUGAAGAGAGUUAUAAUGUGAGAAGACAUUAAAUGAAACCCGGAUGUGUUCAGUUUCAUGCAACUGUGCUACAAAGUCAGUAAGGUGAACACAAGACAUUUCUGUGUUCCACUGUGAUCUUUUUUUCAAGUUCGACUUUGCCUGUGAUGUUUGGCAGUUUGUAGGAUGAGACCUUUUAUUAAAGUUUUCAUGACUCUUUCCAGUGUCUUUCAUUCAGUUCUCUUUAGAAAACAUGUAUUGUGAAUGAUAAGCUAGAUUGAAGCCUCCAAAAUUAAAGUAGAGCAUAUCUGAUGUUGCAUUUGUUGUAGAGUUGUUUUAAAUUUAAAUGCAAAUGAAAAGAACCAUGUACAAUUAUUGGUGAAAUGAACAGUGUUCAUCUGAUAGUUUCGAACAACACAAAGAUGACACAUUUUUAUGUGGUAUUCUACCUUUUUUGAGAGAUUUAUUAAAUGUUUU